AUGGCCUCACUAUCGACUCCUACGCAGCUAGCGACUUUCUCACAGCCCCAUGCUUCCAGCUCGAAAUCAUCGCAUAUCACAUUGAACCCAGUGAUUGGCGAUUCAGGAUGUGCGGUAGCUGCAGUCAAGGGAGAUGGUGUAUGGACGUACAACUUGAGCACACUGCGUCCGACAACCUCAUUCACCGUUCCCCCUUCAACUGUGUUUACUACUUCUCCGAUAAGUUACUGGUCAACUAAGUUAACACCUACGACAGUGGAUGUCGCCGAGGAUAUGGACGUAGACGAUGAUGAGGAAGAAGAAGGCAAGGCCGAGGUAACGGGAGAAAAGGAGAGGAUCACCAUGAUCGGUGUUGAUAAAGAGAUCUGGGCAUGGAAAGGUGACGACGGUGAUAAAGAAGUGAUUCAUAUCGGAAAAUCAACAAAGUUCCUCCAUUUCCUUCAGUCAUCAAUCUAUCCUGUCGUCGCAAUCUCGACGAAUAACAUAUACCUAAUCGACGCUGAAUUCAAAGCUCAAAAUUUGACCAUCCCCUUUCCAUCCAGUGAUAUAGUGUCUUCCCGCAUCUUAUCCCCGAAAGAGAACAGUGCUAGACUAGUCAUUGUAGAUAAGGAAGGGAAAGUAGCAGUCUAUCAUCUCAUAUUGGAAGCUACUCCACGUUUAGAAAAUGUCAUCCAAGGCAAAAUUGGUGAGGGCAAAUUAACGUUUGCUGAUAUAAGUGAAGAUGGUUCAAUAAGUGCUUUGGACGAAUCAAAUAGACUUUACACCAGGGAGAUCUCGAGUUUGUCAUCCGCUUUAAUCCCCUUACAUCUGAAUCACCCUUCUCCUACUCCAGUACUUUUGUCUUUACCCACAAAAGGGAAACCUCUUAUUUUAUUACCUACUCUUCAUCCGACUCCUUCCAUCUUAUUGGCAAUACCAUUGUCUACUAUCCCAGCUGUCCUCAAUACAACUUCGAUAUCAACUUUCAUCUCCACAGGCGCAAUAACCAAUAUCUCUAUCUUGUCUACCAAGAAUGGAAUCAUAACGGUUGGAGUAGUAUUGAGUCAUCUAAACAGUGAUGGUGAGAGUGGAAGAAGUGUUAUAUACACCACUGAGGUAGUUAUACCUGCAAAAGGUAUCGGGAUGGGAAUGUUAUUAGGUACUAAAGAACAGACGGAAACAUAUUUAUCACCUUCAACAGAUAGUACGGUGAAAUCACACAAGACUGAAGUCGAAAAAGCUCAAGAUGAGAUAUUGCAAAGAAUCACAACGGCACUCAAGAAGAAUGAUAUUCCUGCCGUCGAAAAAGCUUGGAAUGAUUACGUCGUCAAAGCAGAUCCUUCAGCUUUGACGGAGAUAUUCGUGAAGAAAAUCGUCAAUGCAGUCUUUUCAGCUGCAUUAAAAGACGGGAAACUGAAUGGUCCUUACCCCGCUUCAAUCGUGAAGGGUUUGGUGGAGAGAGGAUUGAUCAAUGAUGCCAUGUGGAAAGAGGGAGUAGUAGGGGCUGGCUUGUUGCCUUGUGGAGAUUGGGAUACAAUUCUCGUUUGUUUGCAAAAUUUACGGACAAUCCCCUCAGCAACCCUUGUGAAACUCCUUGAAUCUUCAUUACACCCUCUAUCCGGGUCUUCAUCGCCAAAAAUAUCUAAUCUCCUACGAUCGAUCAUCUCAUCACCUCCUGCACCGACAUUCCGACUAGAUAUCCGACAAAAGCUAUCUGUAGAAGAUGCAACUUCUGUUCUCGAACAACUUGUCUCUUGGGCUGAGGAACAUGUGCUACGUCGUGAUGAAGGACUGAGAGGAUGGGAUUCAGGUUCUCCUAUGCCAGAUCCUGAAAGUCUCCCAUCACUCAACUCAGUAAUAACGUAUUCAUCGUUAUUGCUAGAUGCUCAUCUACCUUCCUUUUUGUCAUACGAACCAUCGCAUACAUUGUUGGAAAGAUUUCAAGUUUCUCUAGAACCUUUGAUGGCUAUCCAGACGGAAUACAGACAAUUAAGGGGUCCUGUCGAAGCUGUCUUGACACUAUCGAGAAGAGAAGCAAGGAAAGCAGAAGAAAAACAAAUGCAACAAAACUCAAAAGGUAGACAAACCGACAGGAAGAACAAUGGUAAGGAGAGAGGAGAUACUGGUGCCAGAUUGCCAGAAGAGAAAGUCGGUAAAUGGAAGGUGGAGGAUUUGGUGUUCUAG